AUGGCGCAGUUUCGCGCAAAGAAGCUCGACCUGGGCUGCUUCAUCAACUCCAAAAUCAUCCGCGACCACACAAAACGGAAGACGUUUGAGCAGUUUGAACCGCAGAGGCAAGCCCUCCGGUACCUCGUCCGCAACACCUCCCUCCCAGACUGGGUACGAACAAAGGCACAAUUCGAGUUGAGAAGCAUGCACUGCUACACGCGGCCCACACAGAUAAAAAACAGGUGUAUUAUGGGCGGUGUAGCCAGGAGUGUUUUGAGGAAGUUCAGGAUGGGCAGGUUCCAAUUCCGGAUGAAUGCGCUGGAAGGGAAUAUACCAGGUGUCAAGAAGGCCAGUUGGUGA